GUGUGGUUCGCGACAAUGGCCGAAAGCUAUGAGAAAGCUUUUGACAUGUAUGUCGGGGUGAACGAUCCCCAGAAGCUCAACUCAUUCUGGACUGCCCAAAUACAGGGGUCGCCAUAUCUAGGAGGCAGACCUGAGCUCCUGCAACAGAUCCAGCAGGGAGCUCGUCCGCUGCCUAUGGCAUUGCAUGGCGACGGUGUGUCUGUCACCGGCUUAGGGAAGACCUGGCAGAAAGGAAUCGAUGCCUACUCCAUCUCCUCAAUUCUCACUUUCGGGGACACUGGCCACUAUAAUCAGGUGCUGGCCAUGGUUCCGGGAGAAUUCAAGGAGCAUGGACCCGUGCCUCAGCUGCAGAGGGCUGGUCUCUACUGCCGUGAUUGGUCUUUCAGGCUUUGGCGACCGGACGCUGGCCUCGCAGCGACUACAUGGGCCGUCGCUAUCCGAGAGGCUCUGGGGGAGCCGAUCGGGCUGGCAAGAGAUUGGCUCCCAGCUUUCACAGCAGCUCGCCGUGUGCUCACUGCAAUGCAGAUCGGGUUAUGUCCGGAUUGGAUGCACAGCAAGCACCUGGGCACCGAUGCUUACAUCGUGGCUUCGGUGCUGGCCAUAAUUGUCUUCCGGAAGAUGCCUGGGGCCGACAGAGAGGCCAAGUGCAGACAGCUCUUGGGGCAACUGAAGAGCCACGCCCCAAAACAGAUCUUCAACAAGCUGAAGUGGCCUGGGCCUCGGGUGCCUGAAGAGCUUCCUGCCGAGGAGCCAGAAGCUGCUCCGACCACGCCGGCUGCGACCCAGGAGGAGGCCGAGGACACCCAGCAGAAGGCCACUGGUGCCGAGGGCGACACUACCACGGCCAGCGAGCCACCGAAAAGGAAGCUCACUGCUUGCGACCUUGUGAAGUUUGCCGACGACUUGGAGCCGAAGGAGCAGGCCCAGCACAGCGACGAGGCCGAGGACAACGAGGAGGGCCGAGACCGUUGCAAGAGCCGGUGGUUGCAGAAGAGGAAGAAGGCUGGCCAAGUGCCGGAGGAACUCCUCAGCUACCUCGAGAAGUGCGGUCGCCAGGACACGACGGAGGCCGUGAACCGCCUGGUGAAGCGAGGCAAAGGAGGGCGGUUCGAGCUGUGCUUGGAGAACAACUGGUGGAAGGAAACCCACAAAAAGUUCGAAAACGUCAAAGGCAAAGACAAGGCCCUCGGCUACACCCUGACCAGAGCCAGGGUUGCUUGUGGUGGCCAGGAAGGGCUGGACCAAGCCCUGCAGACCGGGGAAGUGAGGCAGGUCACGGAGGACGGCACCACUUACUACGUCUUCAAGGAGAUCCAAGUGACCCACGAGAAGGGGGCAAGCAGUGAGACUGCUUGCGGAGGUUCUACAGACGUGGACCAAAAAGUCCACACGAAGUUCAAGGACUUCGUGCAGGGCUACGACUUGAGCCUCCUGCCGCCGAACCUUGUCCUGCCCAGCGACCCAGCUGGAGGCAGCCUUGCCCCGGCGACUUCUUUCAGCGAGCAGGACAGAAGCAAGCUGGAACAGUCCCUGGCACUGCUCCAGACGAAUCGCCAGGCUGGCGAGAAGAUCUUUCUCGCCAUCACCAGCACGACGGCCACAGCCGUGACCAGCAAGGGCCUCCUGCAAAAAAACCUCCAAGCGGUCUUGGCCAAGAUCUCGGAGCUUCACGAAGCCGCCGGGGCAGUCUCGGAGCUCCAGGAGAGCAUGUCCAUGUGCCGUGGUCUGGUGUCGUCUAUGUUCGUGGCCAACUGGCAGCAGCCAUUCUUGGCAUUCCCUGCCAUGAAGGCCAAGGCCGCCGAGAUUAAACACUGCCUGAGGCCAUUGCUUGAGGUGUGGAGGUUGCACUACAUGUCUCCACGCUCACAAGAGGAUGCUGAAGUGCUGCUUCUCUUGCAGCGAGCAGUGGAAAUGGACGAGCUGCUAGAUCAGGAUGCCAGCCGAGCCGUGCUCCUUUACCAAGAUUGCCUCCGGCUUUGUGUCCUUGGUUUCGAGUACUUCAGCUUGAUGGGUCGUCUCAUGAAGCGGUUUUUGUUGCAGGGAGACAUGGCCUUCAAUGUGACCUUUAAGGCUCACUGGCCGUGCCACGGACUCUUGGAAAGUCACUUCUUAAGUCCAAGGGUCGGUGCCUGCUAUGGGCAAGAAGACCUAAUGCAAAUCGUUCGCCGAAUGGUGAGUGUCUGCACCCGGUCGAGGAACCCUGUAGCCACCGUACAGAAGGCCAUGCAAAAGUAUGUCAUGGCAUUGCAUGUCGACUACAGCCGGAUGUGA